UCCUGAGACGGUAGCAACGAGGCAAAGGAGCCCACCUGUGCAAGGCUGUUCCUCAGAGAGGGAGGGGACGGUUGCAGAGCCGGAGCCCCCCCCCCCCUUAAAUAAGUCACAUUCCUGGUUCAGACAAUAAAUGCUGCUGCUCAAGAGAGGUUGUAAAGGGGAAGGUGAGAACAUGAAAACCUGGCAGCGGAUGUUUGAUCAGAAGAUGGAAUGGGAGAAGCCAAAUGACACCUGGUCUCUCACCGUGGAGGAUAACCUCAGUCCUCGAAACCCAGAACGCCGAUGGCACCUAUACCAGCAGAGAAAAGCAUUUGCCAGGUUUCAGUGCUCAUGUUGCACCCGUCACUGGCCAUCAGCUCAAGUGCUCAUUCUCUUCCACAUGCACCUGGACCGCAGCCAGCGCCAGGGGCAGGUAAAGAUGAGGGUCUGUGGGCAGAAGUGUAAGAAGUGUCAUGGAGCGAAGUUUGAGAUGCCCACGUUCAGCCAGGAGAACAUCGAGAGGAUCCUGGACAAGCUGGUGCUCAAGGUCCGUGAGAAAUGCUACCGAGAGUCCAUCGCAAACCGUGAUUUAGCUGACCCCGUAGUCGAAGAAGAUGUGGAAGGGCCACAUGACAUGACCCGUUGUGAGGCGUGUGCUCUGGGGAUCUGUUAUCUGAAGAUCCAGCCCUACUCAUCUAGCUACGGAUUCGUUCGCCCCACUUCUCCGGCUGCGGCUUCUCAGCCUGGCCAGCAGGCUUGGUGGGGAGCAGACGCAGAGAGCGACUGGAAGCUCUUGUGUUUUGUGGUGGUUUUGCUCAUCUUUGCUGUGCUUUUUAGUGGGAAGUAGGCAAUUCAGUGCUCAGAAUGGUUCCCUAAUAUUAUCCACACUGGUUGCUAAUGCACCUUCCCUUUUUCAUGGAGAAAAAAAAAUCUGGCCUGCACCGUUUGCCUGGGAAAUCACCAUAUGCUUAAUAUUACCAUGAAAUGCUUUAGAGAGACUGAUCAUGCCCAUGCGUCAUGCACCAGGGUAAUAAACAGGGGCUGUAAAAAACAGGCCUCCUCAAAAGCAAGAGGGCACAUUAUGCCCCUUCUUGUUGGCACCUGUGCCCCCCUCUGGAGGUUUGAUCCAGUGCCCAGUGGAAUGAAUGGAAAGACUCCCACUGACUCCAGUGGGCAUUAGAUUGGGCCCUCUGCCCCGUCAAAUCCUCAUGCUCCAUCUCUAUGCCUUGUACCCCCCUGAGAGGGGAAGGGUAGGACCCCAGAGGGGGCUUUGCUGCCCGAGGAGAGGCUGGACUUGAGAGUAACUGCUCUUGUGUGCAAGAUGCAUCCUGGAUCGUCUGCACAACUGGAGGGCCAUUUCCCCGUCCCUUCUGGGGUGGCGGGAGGGGUAAACGCCAGGAGUCAGAGCCACGUAGCUCCAUUGCUGAUUUCACCAGCUGAGGAGUUAAUCGAUCCCCGGAUAACUUGCCCCUUCCAUGGGAGUGGGGCUGAUGUAUGCCUAGAUUUGAGUAGAGUCCCCAGUGGAGGAGAUUGGCACUGGGGCAGGCCAGAAGCAGGGACCAUGUUCACAGGACAACGAGUUCAGAUCCUUAAUGACAACCUUCUUGGGCAUUGUAUACCUGGGUGUUUGCAUGGCAGGAAACAAGGGGCUGCUCGUCAAUCCCUGGUCACAUCCCUCUUUGCAGUGUGCUUUUCUGUCUCACAGACAGAAUCCUGGGCAGAGCAGCGGUCUGAAGAUGAAGGAGUUUCUUGGCUUGGUUUACAUGUAACUAGGAAAAGGCAAUUCCGUCCGUGUCCCUGUUGAAAAACGGCCCCUGCUGAGUUUUAGUGCCUCUGCAAUACUAUAUAAGGACCUGUUCUGGAUAGAGUAGUUCCUUUUCCUGCUUCCUGUAUUUUCCAUGUUAAUAGACCAAUACUUGGCUUUGGUAUUUUCUCCUUAUUGUAUCAGUUCAAUAAAGCAUCACAUUUAAAUUGAA